AUGGACAAGUCUCAGACCCCGGGUCUCAACAAAUUGCCAAAUAUUCCUACAGUCGUCGAGGUCGAGACCGAGUCAGAUGACGAGCGCCGACGCGUGUCCAGCGAUAUCCGAAAGGAUGAGACGUAUGCCGAAGCCGUUCGGAAGUAUCCACGUCCUUUCCUGUGGUGCAUGUAUAUUGUCUGGGUGAUGCUCAGCUCCAAUUACAUCAACACAGCUGGAAGCUCAGUCCUCGGCAUCCCUCGCUUCAGAAAGGACUUUGGCCGCCCAUACCAGGGAGACUAUGUUCUCCCCGCACAAUGGCAGGCUGCAUACUUUGGUGCUUCCUCAGCAGCGGGUGUUCUGGGUGCCAUUGGAGCUGCGUGGGCCGCGGACAAAGCGGGCCGCAAGCCUAUUCUAGGACUGGCAUUCAUCUUUAAAGCCACAUCUACGACCCUCCAGGUGGUAGCAACGACGAACUCGGUUUUCUUUGGGGGUUAUUUCUUGAAUGGACUGAGUUCCGGAGUGCUCACAACUAUGGCGUUCACCUAUAUCGGCGAAGUAUCUCCCUUGGCCUUACGCGGCAUUCUCUCAGCCGGUACCCCCAUAGCAAUCUGUAUGGGUGGACUAUUCGCGGCAAUUUUGACGAAAUACGCGGGGACUCAGGAUUCUCGUUGGGCAUAUCGCACAGGGUUUGUCUCGGACUAUGGCUUUUUGGUGGUAUCCGCCAUCUUUCUCCCAUUCAUGCCCGAAUCACCAUGGUGGCUCAUCAGUCGAGGCAAAGUUGGCAAGGGGCUUCGGGCUCUCCAAAAGCUGGGUUAUGACCCAAUCCAGGCACAAGACCAAGUCAGCUCAAUCCGUGGUGCUCUUGACGCGGUUAAGGCCGAGACCUCGGGCACAACUUAUAUCGAGUGUUUUCGUCGAUCAAACUUGCGACGGACCAUCAUCUCAGUUGCGCCUUCGUCCAUCCAGGCACUCUCCGGCGUUGUGUUCGUUGCGACUUAUGCCACAUACUACCAACAACUGGCGGGCUACAGUACUCGCGCAAGUUUCCAACUCUCCAUUGUUCAGCAGGUGCUAUCCAUUUUUGGAAACUUCUGCUCUUGGUUCUUGAUUGAUCGAAUGGGACGACGAUGGUUGACUAUUUCGGGUGUAGCCCUGCUCACCGUCCUUCUUCUCGUCACAGGAGGCCUGGCAGUCGCGAAGACUGCGGGUACAAUCAAAGCUACUGUCGCCCUCCUCUUGCUAUAUUGCUAUGUCUACAACGCGACCAUCGGAGCGACAGCUUUCACUAUCAUGACUGAGACCGCGACCCCACGACUUCGUGCCAAAACGGCAUCGAUGGCUUUUGUAUCCCAAAGUGCACUCUUCACCAUGUGGGGAUUUGUUCUCCCAUAUCUUUUCAACCCCGAUAAGGCGAAUCUUGGGGCAAGAGUAGCCUUCAUCUUCGGUGGGCUUAGCGUACUUUGUCUGGUAUAUCUGUGGUUCUACCAACCUGAGACGGCGGGGCUAUCAUACGAAGAGAUGGAUGAACUCUUCAUCAAGCGUGUACCUGCCAGGAAGUUUAGGCAUUACCGUAAGACGGAGCAGUGUGCAGGCUUAGCGCAGUAG